AUGAAAGUACAUUAUGCCCAAGGAGUGCCACCCAGCCCCCUCCGGGCCGGCUCGCACACUUAUCUCAGACAAUUUGUUCUCAAUGCCUGCACCUGCGGAAGGAAUGCGCCCGUAAACAGCUUGAAACUUGGCUUCGCAGAAACCUCGGAGCAGCGGAGAACAAAGUUGACUUUCAUCCAAACCGGGAACCAGCUGCGUACUUACAGCGCGCGCCCCCAACCCCACCCAGGGCGGCGCAGCCGGGCCGGGGUCCCACCGCAGCCUCUCCACCGCCGCAGAGGGCAGACCCCACACCACGAAGGCCAGUGGCCGGCCAGCGCCGCCGGCUCGUCGCUCGCUUCCUGCUUAUUCCAGCGUGAGGGUCAAGUUCAACACCCGCCCGCGCUCCUCCCGGGCUCCGAGACGCAGCCUGAGCGCACCGGCAGCCGCCGAGACAAUCGACUUCCCCAGCCAAUGCCGGGAGCUCCGGGCGGCCCCGCGACCGACGUCAACGCGCUCGGGGGGACCCGGCAGACGCCGCGUGAGGCGGAUCCGAGGGUAAGAAUCAUUUACUCACCUUCUCCGGAUGGAACCCCGGCGCCACUGAGCAGCAACUAACACGGCUCCAGGAUUCGGGACUGGGACAGAUCCGAGCCGCGGGGGCCACUGGAGUGGGGCGGCGCCAGCCCAAACUCUGAGUGGUCCCGGCCGCCGGAAGUCACGCCCUCGACCCACCCUCGGCGCCAUCUUGAUGCCACAAUCCACAGAGAAGCGGCAGGCAUUCUGGUGAGAACGCGGCCCGGACAAUGCUCUGGACCCGGAUCGGGGCCAGCAACACCGGGGGGCCGGAGGGAGGAGGUGCCACCAGCACACCUUCUCCGGAUGGAA